AUGAGGGAUGGAUAGAGACACACAAAGACCGAUAGACAUAGACAGAUAGAUUGAUAGACAGACAUACAGAUGCAGUAGGAUACAUUAAUAGACAGAUACUGUAGAUAUAUACAGACAAACAGACAGAACUGACAGACACUAUAUACAGUAUAUAAUGGGUCCUCUUAUUUUUUCUUGCUGAUUGUGUUUUCAUGCUGCCUUGUGCAACGUCUUCCCCAUGGGAAUAAAGGGAGACACCUGCCACACGUACACUCAUCAUUUACUGUCUGCUGCAGCCAGAGACUUGAUUCCCCUCACUCACCUCACCAGCAUGGAAUUACACCGCUUUCUGCUUGGACUAUGUGCGUUUUUACAGGCGUACGGGUCCGUGUCGACGGAGUCCACGUGCAAGUUGAAGGCCAAGUUCAACCUGAACAGUUACAAGGAUGUGAAGAAGAAGGUGACGGUUGGUGGGAUGUUUUCCGUUCACCAACGCAUCGUUUCAGGCACCCGCAACACCUCCACGCUGCCAGUGUCCUCAGGAUGUGAAGGGUUCAACUUCCGCACGUUCCGCUGGACCCAGACCAUGUUGUUCGCCAUCCAGGAGAUCAACGCGAGAAAAGACCUGCUCCCCAACACUGACCUGGGCUACGUCAUCUACGACUCCUGCUUCACCAUCUCCAAGGCGGUGGAAGGCACCCUCACCUACCUCACGGGCCAGGAUGUGGCCGUCCCCAACUACCGCUGUGGCUCCGGGGCCCCCCUAGCUGCUCUGGUGGGGGCCGGAGGGUCCGAUCUGUCCAUCGCCACAGCCAGGAUCCUAGGCCUCUAUCACUUCCCACAGGUCAGCUACUUCUCGUCCUGUUCGGCCCUGCAGAGUAAGUUCCAGUUCCCCACCUUCCUGCGGACCAUCCCCAACGACCAGCACCAGUCCAAGGCCAUGGCCAAGCUGGUGCUGCACUUCGGCUGGACCUGGGUGGGCACCAUCGCCGCCGACGACGACUACGGCAAGUACGGCAUCAAGGAGUUCAAGGAGCAGGUGGAGGAGGCUGGGGUCUGCAUCUCCUUCUCCGAGACACUCCCCACGGUGGCCUCCCCGGAGGACAUUGCGCGUGUGGUGGACACGGUGGUGGACUCCACGGCCAAGAUCAUCGUGGUGUUCGCCUCCGACGUGAACCUCAACCCCCUCAUCGCCGAGCUGGUCCGCAACAACGUCACCAACCGCACCUGGAUCGCCAGCGAGGCCUGGGUCACCUCCGCCCUCAUCAACCAGCCUGGGAUCAGUUCCGUGCUGGGUGGUACGCUUGGUUUUGGUGUGAGGCGCGCCGAAAUCCCUGGCCUUCAGGAUUAUCUACUGAGGCUGGACCCAUAUGACAACACUCUGACUGAAGAAUUCUGGGAAACGGCAUUUAACUGCACACUGGACUAUGCCAAGGCUAUGAGGCAGGCCAGAUUGAGCUCCGCCAAUGGGAGCCUGAGCAGGGGUGCGAGGGCGGUGCCCGAGGGCCUGUGCAACGGGAAGGAGGGCCUGCUGCAGCUCCACAACACGUACACGGACGUCUCGCAGCUACGCAUCACCUACAAUGUGUACAAGGCAGUGUAUGCCGUGGCCAACGCCUUACACAACUUGGAGCACUGUGUGGUUGGACAGGGGCCCUUCAACAAAAACAGCUGUGCUGACAUCAGUGCCUUUGAGCCGUGGCAGUUGAUGUACUACCUGAAGAACGUGAAUUUCACAGUGCCUCACACUGCAGAGGAGAUCUACUUUGACCAGGGGGAGGUGGCCGGAUACUAUGACAUCAUCAACUGGCAGUUCAAUGACGAUGGCGAGUUGUCCUACGUCCACGUUGGCAACUACACCGGGAAGGAUCCCUCAACCGCCAAGAUGGAGAUAUGGAACUCCUCCAUUGUGUGGAACAAUGGACAAUUUGAACCCCCCAGGUCUGUGUGCAGUGAGAACUGUGCCCCAGGGACCAGGAAGGGGAUCCGGCAAGGAGAGCCCGUCUGCUGCUUCGACUGCAUCCCCUGCGCCGACGGAGAGAUCAGCAACAUCACCAAUGCCCGUGAAUGUAUCCAGUGUGGCGAGGACUACUGGUCCAACGAGGUCCGUGACCUCUGCAUCCCCAAGAUCAUCGAGUUCCUGGCUUUCGGGGAACCGCUGGGCAUCACCCUGAUCGUCAUCUCUGCCUUCGGGGCCCUUAUCACCAUCGGUGUGAUGGUGGUGUUCCUCCUCAACCUGGGCACCCCGCUGGUGAAGGCCAACGACCCCCUGCUGAGCUUCAGCCUGCUGUUCUCCCUGGUGGUCACCUUCCUCUGCUCCAUCGUCUACCUUGGAGAGCCCGCGCCCUGGAGCUGCAUGACCAGCCAGGUGGCCCUGGCCCUGGGCUUCGCUCUCUGCCUGGCCUCCCUCAUGGGGAAGUCUGUGGUGCUGAUGCUCCGGGCGCGGUUCCUCAAGGCGAUCCGCGAGAGGGCCAAAGCCGCCGCCAAGGCUGCCAAGGCCGCAGCUGAGGCCGCAGCCAACAGCGACAGUCCUGAUGUCAUCGCUACCAACGCAACCACUGAAGUCCCCGCCCCUAGCGGCCCAGAAGUGGACGUCCUCACGUUUGGCCACCAGAGGCUGAUGGCUGCCGUGGCAACCCUGAUACAGGCGGCGGCGUGCACGGUCUGGCUGAUCAUCCUGCCCCCCCACCCGGUGAAGAACACGGCGGCCCAGAACGUGAAGAUCAUCCUGGAGUGUGACGUGGGCUCGAUAGUGUUCAUCUGCUGCAUCUUUGGCUACGACAUGCUUCUGGCACUGGUGGCCUUCAUCUUCGCCUUCAUGGCUCGCAAGUUGGAGGAUCACUUCAGCGAGGCCAAGUGCGUGACCUUCGGCAUGCUGGUGUUCUUCAUCGUGUGGAUCUCCUUCAUACCGGCGUACCUCAGCACACGCGGCAAGUUCAUGGUGGCCGUUCAGAUCUUCGCCAUCCUGGCCUCGAGCUUCGGCCUGCUGGCCUGCAUCUUCCUGCCCAAGUGCUACGUCCUGCUUGUCAAACCGGAGAGCAACACCGAGGAGCUGAUGAAGCCUCGCCCUAAACCCCGCGAAGGGUCCACCGGCACCUCUGCGUCCCUGGCAUCGUCCGGCACAAGCCUCAACGCCACCACCGCCUCCACUGUCAUCGAUUGAUUAGCCCAAUGUCUACACGGUAGCCUACAAUCAACGUUUAUUGAGUCACUUUUUUAACAAAGGCCAAAAGUUAAAGAUCUACUACAAUAAUGUGUAGGUGUUGCAUUGUACAGGCAGAGCGAAAGAUUCACAUUUUGCAGAAUAAACAUAAAUAUGGCUUGUCAAUCUCAGGGGGACUUUUGACGCGUCCACAAUAACGCUCACAUACCUUUGAUUCGCCAUAUAAUGCAGGCCUUGUGCUUCAUGUUGAAUUUGUCUUAAAUGCUAUUGUUGUGAUGCUUGAUAAGUCCUUUCCUAACAUAUUGACUGUUGAUUGCUGAUUGUUGAUUGUUGAUUGUUAUUGAUGCAUUCUACUGCUGCUGUGGUUUUUCGGUCCGUGGUGGUGGAAGAGUUGAAUUUGGAUUCGUGGAAUAGGUUAUGAUGCAUGACUCCCACUAGGGGGCUCCCUAAUCCCCUGAUAUUUUCCAACGUUUUUAUUGUGCAUCGUUAUUUAUAAAGUUCAGCAGGUGUGAUGACAUGGCGUUUAAUCGAAGUACCUCCCAAAACGAAAUGUCUUUGCAAUAAAGUCCAUCUCCUACAUUGAG